UCCAUCUACAUCCCUCCACCCCAUCAUGGCUCAUGCGAUUUGACGGUAUGGCCUAGCUGGCAUCGAUCUAUUCUCUCAUUCUGUAUUAUACCGGCCAGUCCCCGAUCCAACCCCUUCAGGUGGCGGCUGGGACCCGCCAUCUACCCCAAGCUCCGUGAUUCUUGCUUGCGGUCGCCCGCCCAUAUGGUGACCCUGCAAUCGCGCCGCCAUGCCACCGGACAUCCAGGUUUUUGUCAAAUGGAAGGAACAGACCAUAUUUGCGGGGGAAGAUGUCGAAUGCAUCAUCACCUUUAAGAACGUUGCGGAGACCAACGUCGAGCCCCGGGCUGGGGGCCAGACCUUGCAUCAGAGGCAGCCAUCGCGAGCCACCAGCUCCCAUUCAGAGUCGUUGUUCUCCCUGAGAUCACCCCAGAAGUUCUUCUUCAGUCCGCACCGCCGAUCGUACCCGAAUAUUCCGAAGAAAAGCCCGUCGCACCGCAUCUCCUCGUCCGUGAGCUCGCCGUUGAUCGGAUCUCACAGCUUCCCGCCUACUUCCUCCCCCCGCAAUGGCCCACCCCCCAGUGGCACGCACAAGCGAUCGGUCUCGAUAUUGUCCAUUGAUAGCGAGGGAACCGGCGAGCCGACUCCCAGGACAUCUUCACAAUACAGUCGGUCCAGGCCGACGUGGGGUCAUGGGCGUGCUGCGAGUCUACAAGUUUUACCCCGAAGGAACGAGUUCUAUGAAGAUUCAUUCGCGAAAGCUGGACGCAAUUCCACCCGUGGCAUCCCACCGCCAGAGUCCCCCGUCCGCCAAUCCCCCGGAACCCCCCGAAUAGACAUCGAUGGAGUGAACAGCGCCGGGCGCUCUAUACCAGGCGGGUCGGGCCCUAAUUACCCAACAGAGUCGCGCCGACCUCAAUUGUCUCCGAUCGAGUUCAAGUUCCCCCCCUCCCCCGGAACGGACACCAACACCCGUCCUGUCAUAUCCGCAUCCCCUCUAACGACGCCUGUGGAGGAAUACCCCGGUGCGGUGAAGCCAAAUGGAAAGGACGCAUCGACAUUAACUGCGCCGGGCCAUCUACCCCAGCUCACGCGGAUCAUGUCGACUUCCAGUCUCAGCGGAAGCCAUCGGAGCAGCGGGGAGUACAACUCUGUCAGCGACAAUUCCGAGGAAACCCUCCAGUCGGAGUACACGAACUAUUCGAUGGCAAUUCCGCGCCAGACCCCUCGUCAUGCCCGGCACAUGUCCAACGUCGACUCGCCGGGGUUAUCGCCCCACAGCCAGACUCUGCUCAUGGGAUAUGCCCAGAUCAGCGCCUCGUUCACCGUUGAUGGCUCAUUGAUUCAUCAAUCAUACUUCGAAGAGGUGAAGCGAAAAGGAGUCGUUGGUGGUGCGGGGGGCAUGUCCGGUGGGAAGCCGGGCACGGGCGGCGACAAGAAUCGGAAGGGCGGUGGGUUCUGGGGUGCUUUCAAAUGGAACGCGAUUGAGGAGUCUUUGACUGGACUUCUUUCGAAUAAUGAACUGGAUGGACUGAGGGACAUGCGAGGCGUGUCCUCUUCGCGAUCUAUACCGUUGCUGUCCACGACCCAGUCGCUUCUCUUUGUGGAUUUGCGACUUGCACCGGGAGAAGAACAGUCAUACUCAUUUGCUUUUACACUACCGAGCGGUCUUCCGGCGAGUCACAAGGGCAAGGCCAUCAAGAUCUCUUACAAUCUUGUUAUAGGAACACAACGCCCCAGCGGGCACCACGAACCGCAGCGGGUCAACCGCAUCAGUAUACCGUUCCGCGUGUUCAGCGGGGUCAAUGGCCAUGGAGAUGUCCUUGGGCAUGAUCUAAUGUGUCCUUAUGUUCUCCUUCGCGACGAGGCGCGAGUGCAGAAGGUCGGGUCUGCCCAGCCCGUGGCAGCCAAGCCCAAGAGCAUCAGCGGGCUGACCUGGACCUCCGCCCCGGAGUUUCUGUCGUACGUGGACGAGAUCCUCGAGCAGAGUUGUCGUAACAAUUCGCUGCAACUUCCCGAGGCCACGUUCGAGAAGCGCCCUAGUCGCGACGCAUCCACCGACCUGCUAUCCUGCAAAGAUGCCAUUGACCUGGCAAUUCUCCGGAGCAACCAGGCACCCAAUUCCUCGCGCAGUCCCAACCGAUUUGAGAUUGCUCGGAACGGGCGCCGGAUAGCCGUGGUUGUGCUCAACCGCCCGGCGCACAGACUCGGUGAGACCAUCAUCGCAACCAUCAACUUCGCGGAUGCCGCCCUGCCCUGCUACGCCGUUCGGGCGACGUUGGAGAGCUCCGAGAGGGUCUCGCCGCUUCUCGCGGUGCGGUCGAACGCGAGCAUCCGACGUGCGACGCGGAAGAUCCACGCGUCGUAUUUCGAAAACACCCUGUAUGCGAAUCGGGUAGUCUUCAGCCCGGCCAUCCCAGUCUCUGCGACGCCGACCAUCAUCACCACCGGUGUGAACCACGAGUGGGAGUUGCGGUUCGAAUUUGUGACCAGUAGCAUGCACGACGGGCCCGCCCCCUCCGGUGCUCGCCUGCUAGAGGCCGUGUCGGAAGAUGACCGCGGGCGCAUCAUGUCCGCCCUGGAGAACUUGGGCUGUGAGUCAUUUGAAAUCUCUAUCCCGAUCACGAUUUACGGGGAGACAGUGCGCGAGCGACUGCCGGAGGAGAACGAAGGAUACUCGAUAUGAGAGAAGAAUGAAGAUGGGAUGGGUGAACCAAAAAAAAAAAAAGUCACGAAGAAUCCCCGCCUACACAGUAGUACCGGGCGGAGGUAACGAUGAGGGG